CAUAAGUGAAAGUGAAAGAUGAUGAAGGAAACUGAAGCCACUGAAAAGACUUGGUGCUUCUCUUAUGCUCAUUCGCAAGGAUUUAAUCGUCGGUGUUCCCUCUGGAUUCUCUGGGACAAGUGGACAUGUAUAUGCUGGUUAUAUUGAUUUUCGUGACGAGCGCGUAUCAGCAUAAUAUUGCAAGAGCAAGCGAUUUAUGUGGACCUCCGAAGAAGGCACUCAACACUGAACCUGUUACUGGGAAUUAUUCACUUAAUUCCUCUAUUCGUAUUCAGUGCGUUGCUGGCUACGUGAGGAAAGUAGGAACAUCCAACCUGAUUCGCUGCCUUAAAGAACAUGACAAGGACAAGCCAUCCUGGACAUCAGCUCUUCCUCUUGUAUGCAUACAGGCACCAAGACCUGAUCACCAGUUCACAUCAUCCACAACAGAAAUAAACACUCCCACAAUUUCUGGCACAAGCACAUCAAUCACAGCAACAGGGUAUAUAACUUUGCCAACAACAACAAAUGAAGUUUUCACAACCAAAGCAAGAACUACCAACCAGCCAACUUUGAUGAGCACAACAAAAGAGGCGGAGCCUAUUACAUCAACAAAUGCAAUUACAGCUUCUUCAAUUGCCAGCAGCAUCGCUACCAGACAAUUUAAGAGCACAACGUCACCACAAACACAGUCAAGCUCUUUUACUACAACAACAGGAAUCUCUUUAUCUGUGAAGACAACAGCUAAUAUGACAGCUAAUUCUAAAGUGGAACCCAGUUUUGCUCGCUCCAAAUCAACAAUAGGUGGAGUUACAAGCAUAUUUAUCCUCUGUCUGGCAGCUACACUAUUCAUUCUCUGGUGGAGGUCAAGACGUCGAGAUUAUACAAAUGUGAUCGUACUACAGCUUACCAACCAAGAUGCAGUUUAUUCUGACAUACCUGUAUCGGUCAUUGCUCCUAACCCAAACAAUGCAUCAAUAGACUCAACUGCUGUCAUUGGCACAAAUCACCCACAAGCAGACUCCGUCCAAGAUUCAGACUCAAUUCACCUAUGAAAUACGAACUCCAUUUAAUGUACUUUACCUCACUUUGCCCCAUAAACGUUGCCAUAGAAUAAAGUUUUUAUAAUAUUUUUA